GCCCCGGACGUGUUCGCCAUGCGGGUGCUGCUGGAGGAGACGGCGGAGCUGUUCCGCGUGACCAACUGCCGCAGCGACAUGACCGUGCGGGAGCUCAAGGAGGAGCUGGACCUGCUGGCCGGAAUCCCCUUCAACCUCCAGCGGCUGCAGUACCUGGACCAAGCCACUGUGUGUAACCCUGUCUGUCCCGCACAGCUGUCUGGCCUGGGUGUCACUGAAGAUUGUUGCUACCGAACUGCAAACUCACAACAUUUUGAUGACCUUGAGUGGAAGAAAUGGGUAUCUCAGAGAGCGUUUGUGGCAUUGUAUAUCACCGCACACAGAGGCCACUUGGAUGCUGUGCAGUACCUUCUAGAACACGGAGCCAGCUGUCUCAGCAGGUCCCCCGUGGGCAGGACACCCCUGCACGUGGCUUCAGCCAUGGGCCGCUCGGACUGUAUAAAGCUCCUGCUCAACUAUGGGGCCUCCAUCCAUGGCAAAGAUGCCAAGGGGGAGACCCCCAUUUCCAUAGCCCGCCGCCUGCAGGGUGGGCACAGCGAGCAGAGAAUGAUACUGUUCUACUGGAUGGCCAAGUUGGGGGUGAAGCAACCGGUGGACCUGGUCCCCAACGAGGCUUUUCAGAAAGUAAAACAUGGGAUCGACUCCAAGAAGAAGAGCAAAACUUAGCCCCCCCUGGGAAUGUUUGCAUAUCAAAGCUGACUUGAGUAACUUUU